AUGUUGACGGCCACGACGACGCCAGACAUCACUAGCAGACGCGAACCCGGUGACCGCGAAGGCGCCGUAAUGGCGUCGCAGGUAGUGACAACACCACCAAAGACGCAGUCGCCCAAAGCACGGUCUCUCUCCGACAGCACACCCCGUCUUGAGCCAUCGCCAAAAAUCCAUGAAUCCGCACGCAUGUCAAAGGACGACCACACCAUCGAUGCCAGCCCCAGCACCCCUCGCCGCCCAGACUUCCUCUCCAGAGGCCUCUCUCUGCAGAUGCCCCCAAGAGAGUCGCACAUGCCUAGCCCCGCCCACUUUGCUGCGCGUGUACCUCUCUCACCGCAACUAGAUGCGCGCAACACGUAUGCCUCCCCUGGGUCCGUCCUGCCCCGCCGCUCCCGUGGUGCCGAAUUCUCGAGAGCCUGCACCAAUCUCCAUCAUUCGACGCUCCCUGACCAGUCGUCCCCCGACUCCUCGCCAACCAUCACGCAAAAGGGCAUCAAGAUACCACCGCGGAAGCCUCGCUCCAACUCGAUGCUCAUGGAAUCGCCCAACGUGAGCUUGCAUGGGAGUGGAUGGAGCCAUGGAGAUAGGACGGCGCCUUCGAGCUCGGUUGGAAGCAUUAACAUGAUGGGAUCUGAAGACUCGAGCAGUUCUUCAGACGAGGUGGACCCAUUAGACCCUGAUGAUCACGACGACCCCAUGAUCACGACACCACAGGCUAAGACCAAUGUUUUGUUUCCAGGUCUCGGCUCAGGCAACAACGGGAUCUGGGCAAACCUCUUCUCCCCCGGGGCACAACCCAACUUUGCAAGCAUGCACCGCGCUAGACUGCGUAAGGGCCGAAGUAGGAAAAGUUCGAGCUCCGCCAGUGGGCAUAGCUCAAUGGCCAGUCCUGGCCCAGGGUCACCGCCGAAUGGUAAGGAAGGUGGGUAUUUUGCCCGCGAAGCAGCAAUACGCAAGGCAGGCUCGCGGAGAGAGAGCCUUUCGCUUUUUGCCAACGACCUUCACAUAUCCUCUGGUAACGAUAGUGGCGAUGAAGCUGUCAAUUUACCUCAGACCCCUGGCGUAGUGAGGCGGGCGGUUACACGGAGAGGCAACUUGCUUCCAAAAUCGAGACAAUUUGGCCGCAUCAGAGCCGAGUUAUUCGAAGAGGCGGCGCCCGUAGAUAGCGAGUUCCGCCGUGAAGCCGAAAUCAUACGGCAAGUAAGAGAAAGUGAUGUAGACCAGGAAAGGACUUCAGUCACCGCCCAAUCCUCGCCUAGCCUUCUACCUGCCGUUCCUGGACUGGAUGGACCACUGGAAGGAGUACCGGAAGAAGGUGACGAAAGCAGCAUGAGUCUCGACAACUCCAACGCUAAGGGAUUGUUUGGUGUGUUUGGUAAUCUGCACAGCACUGGCAGAAAUUCAACAAGCCAUGGCUUCUGGAAUCAACGUGCAGCUCACACUCCUCCCCCUUCCUUCCCUCGAGCGGAAUCAUCAGCAAUGAGUGAAGACAUGAACAUGGAUUCGCCAAUCAUCGGCCCCAACGGUGGGGCAUCUCGGGCGUCCACACCCGGGCCUAUGCAACCCCCCACGGCAGCUGAAGCGCUGAAGAAGUCAAAUAAACGCCGGCGAGAUGAUGACUUUGAUGAAGCCUCAAUCAAACGCCGUGCCGUCUCGCCUGGCGUCAGCGUUCAUAACAGUCCCGUCAUUUCUCAGUCGCCUGCUCAGCGGGACGGAGGCCUAUGGGGAACAAGCGCCAAAGCAAGCAGAGAAACAUCCAUCAGUGGGCACUCGUAUGGUGAGCGCUCAAAUAGCGGAGGCAGUAUGAGUAUGACGCCCACAUUGGGGCCAAAGAGGAUAGGUCUACAAGGCAUGACUGACACGAGUGAUGGGUUGAUGAAGAUGAGCAUCGAGUAG